GAUAGAUAUGUUAAUGCCAAAGUUACGAAAUUUUACCUAUUGUCAUAUAGAUAAACCACAACUUUGAUGCACAGCAAACUACAGCUUGUCAAGGUUAAUGCAAAUCAUCAUGGAGGGAUACACUUCUGUAGGAGGAUUGAUGAAAAAACUAUAAAAAUUAGCCAGGCACUGACAUUGAACGUCAGCCAGUGAAUCAACAGAUACACUAUAACUGUUGCAAAAUGAAUAUCCUAAAGACAAUGUACCAUGAGGUUUACACCCUCAGGAGCUGGUUUGAUGAUUAUCCUGUUGAGUCCUUCUGUAACAAACUCUCAGAGGCUGAGGACUCGGACAGUUUUAUAAACUUCAUUGACACAACUAUAGUGGCAAUACCGAAUGGAGCCAAACGUCUUUCAGUUAAACCUUCCCUUUGUCAACACUCCCAUCAAAGGGAGAUAAUCAUGAGAGUCAUAGAGAGACUGAUCAAGGAGAUGAAGAGUGAGAAUGUCCUUGCUCUAGGUUUUGGAGAGGUAUCGGAUGAUCCAAAUGCAUACAUGUCAAAUACCUGUAGAGUAGAGUGUCGCCAUCCAAACAGUGCAGUUAACAGACUCCAUUUCCCAGAGUGGAAGAAAGUUUUAUCCAGGAUUGGAGAUAUCAUGAUGGAGCACCUGUUGGAGAAUACUGCCAUUUUCACAUUUAUACCACCAUCUAACUAUAUCCAAUUAACAGGUAAAGCCAUUUUUGAUCUGUGGAAACCUGGCCUUUCUGUCAAGUGUCCCGCAAAAGAAUUAUGUGAGAAAGAUUCCAAGAGAGACCAGCAAGUUCCUUUAUCAGAACAUUUGAAUGCUGCUGUCAGGUCUUCUCAAACAUACUGCAUUACAGAGGACUUGGAAGAGUUGAAAUCUGAGGCAAAGGCAUUUUCCAAGAAUAAAGUCAUUGCUUCAAGUACUGCAAAAGAGAGACGCAAGAAACAUUGGGAGGAAAAGAAAAAGAAAUGGAAAUCUUAUGCUUUGGGUCAAGGGCUUAAGAAAGAUGAUGACAGAAAUUUAAAGGAGAAGAUUGGAGAGAUUUGA